AUGAAGUCUGCUCCUCUUGCCGUCGGCCUUUUCGCCGCCCUUACCACCGCCUACUCUCACCCCAGAUACAACAUGCACUGGAGGCGACAAAACACCACAAACCUCAUCUCCAGCAGCUCGGCUGCCGAGACGGCUGCCGCUACCUCUCUCGGAACCGGCGUUGCUGAUCUCUCCUCCGCUAUUCCUCUCUCCACUGGUGUUGAGUCUGCCAUCGACACUGCCAUCACCAGCGCUCCUUUCGUCAAUGGCACCGCCACCACCACUGCCGCCCAGGCUGGUAUCACCACCUUGACCGUUUCCACCACUGAGGUGCUCACCAUCACCUCUUGCGCUGCCGAGGUCAUCGACUGCCCUACCAAGACUGAGGAUCUCCUUGAGCUCCCCACCGAGGCCCUGGAGACCGUCAUCGUCACCAACACCGUCGUCCUCACCGAGAUCGUCUGUCCCGUCACCGAGGUCCCUGCCAUCGAGUCCAGCGUUCUUGAAGAGGCUUCUUCCGGUCUCAUCACUGGUUCCACUCUCACCCCCUCUGACGCCCCUGUGAUCACCGGAACUGGCAUUGCCAUCACCAACACCGGUACCGCCCCCGCCGAGACUGCUGCUCCCGCUGAAACUGCUGUCGAGACAGCCCCUGCCAACACUCACGUUGUUGAGACUGUCGUUUCUACCGAGACCGAGAGCAUUGUUCACACCGUCACCAGCGAGCGCGUCGUCACCGUCACCCUCGGUGGCGGCGGUGUUGCUGAGACCCCCCGUGUCGUCACCACCAAGGUCAAGACCAAGGUUAUGUCCACCGAGACCAAGGUCAACGUUGUGACCGUCACCGUCAGCCACCCCGCCGGCGAGACCGCCGCCGCCACCACUCCGGCUGCUGGUGAGACCCCCGUCGAGGAGACCUCCGCUGCCGUCCCCGGCUCCGCUGAGACCACCCCUGCUGCCGAUGUCGACACCACCACCACCGCCACUCUCACCUCCACCGGCACCCGCACCGUCACUGUCAAGAAGCCCAACCAGCAGACCACCGUCACCGCCGUCGUCACCCCCGGCGCUGGUGCCGGCAAUGGUAACGGCAACGCGCCCGAGGAAGCCUGCCCCGUCUGCGAAGUCUGCGAGGGCGCCGUCACCGUCACUGAGACCGCCGCCACCGUGACCGUCACCGAGGCCGGUGUUGCUGCCGGUGCCGUCACUGUCACCGUCACCGAGGCGGCCGCCGUCUCCACCGUCUUUGUCACCGUCGGCGGUGGCAAGAACAAGGCCGUCAAGACCAAGAAGAACAAGAACAAGACCACUACUACCGCCACCACCGAGGUCGCCGCCACCACUACCGCUGACGAACUCGCUGCUGUGACCACCCCCGUUGAGGAGAUCGUCGAGGAGGGUGAUGAGGAGGAGGCCUGCCCCCCUGAUGAGAUUGUGACUGUCACCGCCGAGGCCAGCGCCACUCCUUUCCCUACUGCCGCCAACGGGACGGUCGUGAGCGGUGUCGCUUCCGCUACUGGGGCUGCGGUGCCGGUUAAGCUUUUUUAA